CACGCAAUGUCAGUGGUAAUGGCUAGCAGUCUGCGUUCUGGAAAGGGGAUCACAUUGUGCCGCUGUGCUCAUAUGGUGCGCGCUGGGGCCCAUGGAAUGAUCCAGUGGCAUGAUGUGGUGUGCCAGCUGCAAAGUGAUAUCCGUGUAGCUACUAGCGACACUGCAGAACAAUGAAGAUCCAGACACGUCGGCCUUUACUCGAGGGGGCGUCUGCACGGCGGCAAAUGUCCAUGCCAGACAAUGGGACUCUGCAUACAGUGAUAUCUGGCCCACGGGCGCAAGAACCCUGGGUCGUAUGCCAUUGGCACAUAGGCUGAGGCAGCGUUGCCCAUAUCGGUCCCCCUCAUGUUCUUGAAUGACCCGUUGCAGGAUACAAUAAAGUAAUCAUCAUGAUCGGUUCAAACUAAAUCUCGUCUUCGGUAUCCGACGCGGACGCUGCUAGUGGCCCUGGGCACUGUCUUUCGUAUUUCAGAACAGGGAAUCGGUUCCUGGUAGGGACUGGCAGACACGGGAUAAGAGCACAUUAGAUAUCUCUGUCUUUGCCCUGGCAAUCAUUCCAAGGUGACGACCAAUCUCAGUUCUAGUUGUAAAUUGGAUAUUCAUCGGAGUGGGAAUUCAGUACAGCCUACUCUAUGAGCAUCUAAAUUUGAGACAUACUUGCUACA